AUGGCACUCAGAACGUUGUGCUUGGCGCCCAUUUCUCCCGCAAUCGCCCCCCUUGCACGUUCGACUCUUCCGCUCAUCGAUCGCAUCCCUAGUGUCCCCCAUUUCAGCCCCGGCGGCCUGCGCGUUGCCUGCCAUUCGGUCGACGAAACCAGCCAGAGCGACGAUUGCGGAGAGGGCAGGGCGCGAGCUGCCGCGCAUCUAGAUGGCUCGCAGACGUUUUCCGCGCGCAGCACGCCCGCGAUUUCCCCCCGUGAAGGUACCCGCGGAUUGAUGGGGGAUUACCUUUCCGCCUCCCGCUCCGCCGAAAGCGCGCGGGAGGGAAGCGUUCCCGCAAACGGCGACGCAACAGGCGGCGACACGAUCGCGGCUGUCGUCACUGCCGUGUCGUCCACGUCAGGCGGCGUCGCGAUCGUGCGGCUCUCCGGCCCGGCUGCUGUGAGCAUCGUGCGGCGCAUGUUCCGCCCCGCGCGGAAAGCAAACAGAGCGCGGAAGCAGGGGGGAAUGGCCAGGGGAAGCGGAGACCUUGACGGAUGGGCGGGGAGCGCGGGGAACGGAGCGUGGGGAACAGAUACUGGGGAUUUCCGGGGAGAGGCGAAUGAGAGGAACGAGGGGAGCAGCCAGGAAGGGGAGGGGAGAGGCGGAGAGGCGAUGGGGGGAAGGGGGGGGAGCGGGGAGGGCGGAGCGGCGGGGGAGUGGCGCGCGGAGAGCCACCGAGUGAGCUACGGGCACAUUGUGGACGAACGGGGGGCGACCAUUGAUGAGGUGCUCGUGCUGCCCAUGCUCGCCCCGCGCUCGUACACGAGUGAGGACGUGGUGGAGGUGCACUGCCACGGUGGCAGGGUGUGCGCCCACUCCUGCCUCGCCACUGCCGUCCACCUUGGCGCCAGGCUGGCAGGAGCAGGCGAGUUCACGCUACGAGCAUUCCUGAACGGGCGCGUGGAUCUGGCGCAGGCGGAGGCGGUGGCGGCGCUCAUCCGCGCCGACACUGCUGCUGCUGCGCGCUCCGCCCUCGCUGCUGUUGAGGUCCGUCCAACGGAGGAGAGGUGUUGGGGGGGAAGGCGGGAGGAGGCGUGUGGAGAGGCAGGUGUGUUAGGGGUGGGCGGCUUAUCUCGUCACAUCCGGGGCGUGCGGGCGGCGUGCAUGGAGGUGCUGGUGGACAUCGAGGCACGCAUUGACUUUGAGGAGGAUCUCCCACCGUUGGAUGCCAAGGACGUCAGCCGUCGAAUCGACGCCAUCUGGCAGCAGAUCAACGAGGCCCUUGCGACUGCCAAUCGCGGGCGACUGCUGGAGUAUGGCAUCCAGCACCUCAAGCGCUCUCCUUCUACAGCUGCCUCCCCUCCCCCUCUCCCUCUGCCCCUCCACGGCAUCCCUCGGCAGGUAGCAAUUGUGGGUCGUCCCAAUGUGGGCAAGUCAAAGCUUACUGAACGCGCGAUGCAGUCAAAGAGGGCGAUAGUAACGGACACGCCCGGCACCACGAGGGACGUGGUGGAGGCGCAGCUGCACCUGCCGCUGUAUUGGUUUCAAGCAUUCUCACUCUUCAGCUUCCUCCCCUGCCCUCGCCCCUCCAUCCUGCACGGCGUCCCUCAACAGGUGGCAAUCGUGGGGCGGCCUAACGUGGGCAAGUCAAGCCUGCUGAACGCGUGGACGCAGUCAGAGCGGGCCAUCGUGACGGACAUCCCCGGCACCACGAGGGACGUGGUGGAGGCGCAGCUGCACCUGCCACUGUCGGCGGGGGGCUUCCCUGUGCGCCUGGCUGACACGGCUGGCAUCCGCCACACCACCGACGCCGUCGAGGCCAUUGGUGCGUGGCGCGUCUGCGUGACCCGUGUGUUGCUCUGCCGUGCUCUGCCGGGUGUGCAGUGGUCGGAGGCGGCAGCAGCGGCAGCAGACGUGGUGCUGCUGGUGGUGAGUGCAGCGGAGGGGUGGACAGCAGAGGACUCCGCCAUCUUCCACCGCAUCUCCGCUGUGCAGCGCGCCGUGUGGCGGCGAGUGGCCACCAUCGCCACCCUGCACACCGGGCUGGACGAGCUUGAAGCCGCCGUGGCGGCAGCGGUGGGCGGGGGGCUGGUGGCAGAGGAGGGGCAGCAGUGGGCGGUGAACCAGCGGCAGCAGCAGCAGCUGGUGCGUGCAGCUGAAGCCGUGGGGCGGGUGAGGGAGAGCAUUGGAGCCGGGCUGGCGCUGGACUUCUGGUCCAUUGAUCUGCGCAGCUGCAUCCUGGCGCUGGGGCAGGUGAGCGGCGACGAGGAUGUCACGGAGGAGGUGCUUUCGAAUAUCUUCAGCAAGUUCUGCAUUGGCAAAUAG